AUGGGUUCAGUGAUUAGUGCAGGCCUGCACGAUGAGUGCCAGUAUCUGUUCCAGCCUCAGCUCAUUGUACAGAGAGUUGUGGGGGUACCAGUGCUGUACCCAGGGUAUGCAACAGAGCAGAUGCUGCCGGCUCACAACCGCUCUGCACUCUACAAAGUCUUUGUUCCACAAUUCACUUCCGGGUUACAAGUUCGUCUGUUGGACUGCCGGGCUGGGUUUCGGUCAGGGGAAAGCUGCCCUCUUCUUCUGAGAGUUCGUGCCAAGGCACCCCCAUUGCACAAUUCAUCCAAUCAGGACUGCUCAUCCCCUACAGGAUGCCAACUCCUCACCCUCCUCCCUCUCUGGGAACACUGGUAUUAUGUCUUGGUCGAGAGGACUGGAGCUGUGGGCACUGCAGUCUACUUCCGUCUCACCACAAAACUGCAAGAUUGCUCCCGUCCUGGGCUUGCACGAGGUUCCACAGGACCAAGCUCUGCUCUGAAUAUGCCACAGUCCUUCGGUUCAGCAGGGGGGUUGGCAUCCUUGGAAGGUCUUCCAUCCCCCGGGGUUUCUCUUAUGCUUGGAAACAUAUCAUUGGUUGACCAUUCAGGUCCUGUCACUUCUUGCUGGCCUAUCAGACCUACUCUAAGGAAUGAACUUGACACAUUCUCUGUUCACUUCUACAUAUUCUUUGGGCCCAAUGUCUCAGUGCCUCCUGAUCGACCAGCGGUGUUUAGCAUUAACUUGUUACCUGUUCUUGAUAGCGGAGGUGUUCUGAACAUGGAAAUCCGGCUGAACACCACAUCUAUACAAGGAGAGAACCUCACAGUUUUUGGCUGCCUGAAUCAUGGAGUCCCUCUGAUCUCAGGGGAUGCUGCUGUGAUCAGCUGCCAGACAGCCUCUCUCACUGGAUUUCCAAUCUCUGUGAACACAACGGAUCCAAUCAGUCGGCUGCGCAUCCCAUACCCACAAACUGGAACAUGGUAUCUCAGCCUGCGAUCUCUGUGUGCAGCAGAGUCUGGAUGGAGACCAUGCAGCAAUGUUAGCGCAGAGCUGAACCUUCGCACCUUUCUGUCUCCCUGUAUUAAUGAGUGUGGAUCUUAUGGACAAUGUAAACUGCUACGAACCAACAACUAUCUGUAUGCAGCCUGUGAAUGCCGCGCAGGCUGGAGUGGCUGGGGCUGCACAGAUAACGCACAGGCCUUUACCUACAGCUUCCAGCUGCUGUCCACUCUGCUUCUCUGCCUCAGCAACCUUAUGUUCCUUCCCCCCGUUCUCAUCGCUCUGAGAAGCCAUUACCUGCUUGAAGCCUCUGUGUACAUCUUCACUAUGUUCUUUUCCACUUUCUACCACGCGUGUGACCAGCCUGGGAUUGUGGUGUUUUGUAUCAUGGAAUACGAUGUGCUGCAGUUCUGUGAUUUCCUCGGCUCCCUUAUGUCUGUGUGGGUGACAGUAAUCAGCAUGGCCAGACUGCAGCCAAUCAUCAAACAGGUGCUGUAUCUCCUCGGUGCAAUGCUGCUCUCUAUGGCUCUGCAGUUGGACCGCCAUGGCUUGUGGAACCUCCUGGGGCCCAGUCUCUUUGCUGUUGGCAUUAUGGCGAUUGCCUGGACUUUCCGAACUAUCCGGAGACGGCACUGUUACCCACCAACAUGGAAGCGCUGGCUUUUCUACCUCUGUCCAGGGACACUCAUCGCCAGCUCGGCCGUAGCACUGUAUGCCUUUGUGGAGACUGAGGAAAACUAUUUUUACAUUCAUAGUAUUUGGCAUAUGCUGAUUGCAGGCAGUGUUGGGUUCUUACUUCCCCCACGCUCCAAACCUGACGGGAGGGUGGCCCCUCUAACACGAAGGAAGGGCUGCGGGUACCAGCUCUGUGUGAAUGAGCAGGAGGAACUGGGUCUUGUGGACCCUGGAUCUGUUUCCAUAAACAGCAUCUGCACUAGUUGACACACAAGCCACACAGGACCAUAGGAAUUAGCACCAGGAACAAGGAUUUACGCUGCUGGCUGAUCUUUGCUUGGUCACUUAUCAGGGUUUAGGUUUAAUCACUGGCUCAAUGAAUGGAGAUUGCUAUGUCCUUCUCUGUAACUCACCUUGCUACAAAGGGGAAGUUGCCUGAAUCUCAGAUUUCAUGACUAGCUUCUGGUUGGGCCUUUGAGGCUGGAUUGCUAAUUUCUUACAGAAUAAUCAGAAUUACCUCGUACAACUUUGUGCAUUAUUUUCUUCUGAAGGUGAGAGCGGACUGGGUGCGGCUGUGGGAAGGUCACACCUGGCAGUCAUGAUACAAAUACUUCCAGCAGGAUGGGCGUAAGAACAGCUACAUAGCUGAGAAUUAACACGCUCUUCCCAAAAAAGACAUUAUAGGGCAUUAUUUUAUCAGGUGGCUGCGGCCAGAAGUGGAAUAAACAGGGGGACUGUGUGCAAACAAAAAAUACAAUGAAAUGGUGCCAUCUCACAACAGGAAGCUGGGCUCCUGCUUGCCAGUAGGAGAUGCCAUCUGGCACAUAGGACAGCAGCAGAGGAUUGAAACUGUUUUUCUUCCAGCUUUACUUGAAUUACAGCCCCUCCCUCACAGGACGUGUCACUGGGUCACAUUUUUACCCUUCACAUUCUCUCACAGACAGUAUUGCCAGGCUGUCCGGUGUGAGAGGGGCUUUCAUGUCUGCCAUGCACGGAAAUUACACUGAAAUCACAAAUGUUCACAUUUUUACCAUUAAAUGAAUGAAAUUUGA